CGCCCCGGCCAAGUCAGUCAAAAUGGUCAACGUUCCGAAAACCCGCCGGACCUUCUGCAAGGGCAAGGAGUGCAAGAAGCACACCCAGCACAAGGUCACCCAGUACAAGGCUGGCAAGGCCUCCCUGUUCGCCCAGGGUAAGCGCCGUUACGACCGGAAGCAGAGCGGUUAUGGUGGUCAGACCAAGCCCGUCUUCCACAAGAAGGCCAAGACUACCAAGAAGAUCGUCUUGCGUCUUGAGUGCACUGCUUGCAAGCAGAAGAAGCAGCUCUCUUUGAAGCGUUGCAAGCACUUCGAGCUUGGUGGUGACAAGAAGACCAAGGGUGCUGCUCUUGUUUUCUAAAUUUGCGAUUUCCUUGUUCGGCUCUGGGUUUCCUGCAUUGCACAGGCCGCUUCUCCCGCGGUGGGGCACAUGACAUUGGGCAAUGGGAAAAUGAAUAGGACUUCAUAUUCAGAAAAAAAAAGAAUAUAUGACUCCUAGUUGAUGAGUCUCUUCAUGAAUUAAUCCCCGUUAUGACAAGUAGAAUGUCGCAAGAUACCUUCCUUCACUGUGCCCGUGUAAGCUACCAAGCUUUACGCCGUACCAGCUGGAUCAUCGUAUGACUUUAGUCUUCCGUACCGCAAGUGUUAAUGCUGUGGCGAUCGCAUUGUUCUCUCAGCCUUGUUGAAUGGCAGUGUGUUGCAGUAUUUCAUGUAGUCUCCACACACCCGGCUAUCAAGCCAAGCUCCAAAUCUGCUAUCAAUAGCAGUGGGACGUCAACCGAAUCAACCCUUGCCCACCAGGCACAAAUGCCCUAUGCCAAGCCUUCUUUCAGACUUUGUUUUGUACGCAAGGUUUCC